AUGGCCGGCGUUGCGGACUCACUGCUGCAACUGCAGCGGCUCAUCGCCAGGGCAGGAAACGAGGGUGGCGCUGACGGCGGCAGUGGCGAGGAGCACGCGAGUGAAACUUCAGACGGCAUCAGCGUCAGGGAGCUGGAGCGGCGGUUCGCCGGGCUGGAGACGGAGUUGUUCCGCCAGCACGGUCUGCGGGAGCAGGCGCGCGAGCUUCACCAGCGCGCCGAGCGACGACGGCGACAACGACAGCGACGUCAGGGUCUGCGGGGGGCGUGGGAAAGCGGCACUGCGCCUGAGGAGGAAGCCGAGAAUGCCUCGUAUGCCGCCACGGCUGUAGGCGGCGCAGCGGCAGGAGGAGCCCGUCGUGCGUCCUCUUCGCCCGGCUCAAGCGCGUUGAACGGCUCCGCCAGUCCUCUGCGGCAGGAAGUCUCAGCCCAUGAUGUACGGCGGCGUAUUGAUGGACGUUGCGUGGCGGAGACGGAGACCGCGCCUCGCGCCUGCCACCCUGCAGACCCCGAUGCCCACCUCCUCGUCGACGUCACCGAUGGCUCAGCGCGGCUGCAAGGGAUCGGCGUCGGCGACAGCGCGGGCGGCAGGGAGGCGGUGCUCGGCAGCGGUAGCGGCCGCUGUGCCCCAUCGUUCUCCUUUGCGCAGGCCUACGCGGAGGACGACCGGCAGCGGCUUCUUUUCAUUGUGGACCAGCUGUCCUACAUCCUGCGAGAGGAGCGGCGUCAGAAGGAGGUGCUCCUGCAGCGGGUUGUGGAUCCGCUGGUCCGGCAGAUUGAGGCACUGGGGCGGGCGCUGGCGCGCCAGCGACGCGAGAAUGCGGCACUGAGGCGGGAGGCUGAGCGCUGUAUAGAUCCCCGGCGGACGUUGCGACCAGGCGGCGUGACGAGAAGCGGGAAGACGGACUCCGGGGACGAUCGCGUACUGAUGCUCCUGCAGUGCUGCGAAGAGCAAAUUCGCCGGCUCACCGAGCUGCAGCUGCCGCAGAAAUGA